UGGAUAAUCCAGCUCUGCAAGUCAUGCAACUGAUUGGGGGUCCACUUGUGAUAGUCUGGCAAUGGUGGUGGUGGUUACCUUCUGAGCAGGGACAGACUGACAACUCAUGGGGCCCCCGGGCAAUAGGGAAUCAUGGGGCCCCUAUGUCCUCACCCACACUCACACCACACCCAAAAAAAGCCUAUGAAAGGUACCAGGGGCAUCUCAUGGGGCCCCCUACUGACCCCGGGCCCUUGGGCAGUGCCAGAGUUUCCAAAUGGUCAGUCCGCCCU